CCCAACUUAUUAUCUAGUACUAAUCAUCCUCACAAACAUACCAAAAAAUAUUUAUAAAAACCCCAUCUCCACUUUCACCGCCACUCUUUGAAACAAAAACAAAAAACAAACUAACUCCCUCAUCUCUCUCCACAUCCCAAAAUGGCUUCGCCGGACUCAUUUUCUGGCGACGGUGACUCGAAACGAAAGAAGGCGGAUCAAGAAAAUAAUAGUGUUAAUAAGAAUCAAAGGAAAGUCUCGUUGCUGAAACUCUUUACGUUCGCCGACUUCUACGACUGUGUUUUGAUGGCGAUCGGAUCGAUUGGCGCCUGUAUCCACGGUGCUUCGGUGCCUAUUUUUUUUAUCUUCUUUGGUCAGUUGAUAAAUGUCAUUGGAAUGGCUUAUCUCUUCCCAAAAGAAGCUUCCCACAAAGUUGCAAAGUACUCGUUGGAUUUUGUUUAUCUAAGUAUAGCUAUAUUGUUUUCAUCGUGGACAGAGGUGGCUUGUUGGAUGCAUACUGGGGAAAGGCAAGCAGCCAAAAUGAGAAUGGCAUAUUUGAGGGCAAUGUUGAGUCAAGAUAUAAGUCUUUUUGACACUGAAGCUUCCACCGGAGAAGUUAUAUCUGCAAUUACAAGUGAUAUUAUUGUUGUUCAAGAUGCCCUCUCUGAGAAGGUAGGGAAUUUCAUGCACUACAUGAGCAGAUUCGUGGUGGGAUUCAUAAUUGGGUUCGCUCGGGUGUGGCAGAUAAGUUUGGUGACACUUUCCAUUGUGCCAUUAAUUGCACUCGCAGGUGGUGUCUACGCCUACAUCGCCACUGGUCUCAUUGCUAGAGUUCGCAAAUCUUAUGUCAAGGCUGGCGAGAUCGCUGAAGAGGUGAUAGGAAAUGUAAGAACAGUGCAAGCAUUUGCAGGAGAGGAAAGGGCAGUGAGACUGUACAAGUCAGCAUUGGCACAUACAUACAAGUACGGGAGAAAAGCAGGUCUAGCCAAGGGUCUUGGCUUGGGUUUCAUGCACUGCACACUCUUCCUUUCCUGGGCAUUGCUUGUCUGGUACACCAGCGUCGUCGUUCACAAAAGCAUCGCCAAUGGCGGCGACUCCUUCACCACCAUGCUCAAUGUUGUCAUUGCUGGCCUGUCACUUGGACAAGCUGCAUUGGACAUUUCUGCAUUUGUUCGAGCCAAGGCAGCUGCAUAUCCCAUAUUCGAGAUGAUAGAGAGGAACACGACGAGCAAAGCAAGCGCCACCAUGUCUGGCAGGAAGCUAAACAAAUUGGAGGGACACAUCCAAUUCAACAAUGUGUCUUUCAGUUACCCAUCUCGGCCUGAUGUAACAAUCUUCAACAAGCUUUGCCUUGACAUCCCUGCAGGGAAGAUUGUUGCCUUUGUGGGGGGAAGUGGCUCGGGGAAAAGCACAGUAAUCUCGUUGAUUGAGCGCUUCUACGAGCCCCAUUCGGGAGAGAUACUACUGGAUGGGACCAAUAUCAAAGAGCUUGACCUCAAGUGGAUGAGACGACAAAUUGGACUGGUUAAUCAGGAGCCUGCUCUCUUUGCAACAAGUAUUAGGGAGAACAUUCUUUAUGGGAAAGAUGAGGCUACCCUUGAUGAGAUCACUAGCGCGGCUAAACUUUCAGAGGCUAUCUCCUUCAUAAACAACCUCCCUGAUAGGUUUGAAACUCAGGUUGGGGAGAGAGGUAUACAAUUGUCGGGUGGACAAAAGCAAAGGAUUGCAAUAUCAAGGGCAAUAGUGAAGAACCCAUCAAUUCUUUUACUUGAUGAAGCAACAAGUGCUCUAGACGCAGAGUCAGAGAAGAGUGUGCAGGAGGCACUUGAUCGUGUCAUGGUGGGACGAACAACUGUCGUGGUUGCUCAUCGCCUUUCAACCAUCAGAAAUGCGGAUAUAAUUGCUGUUGUUCAAGAGGGGAAGAUAGUGGAAACCGGGUGCCAUGAGGACCUCAUUUCGAAUCCAAACAGUGUCUAUGCGUCGCUUGUUCAGCUUCAAGAGGCUGCCCCUCUGCAGCGCCUUCCCUCUGUUGGUCCUAACUUGGGGCGCCCACCAAGCAUUAAGUACUCAAGGGAAUUGUCACGCACAACGACAAGUUUUGGGGCUAGCUUCCGUUCGGAUAAAGAAUCUAUUGGCCGUAAUGGAGCAGAUGGGACGGAGAGUGUAAAGAAAACACACGUUUCAGCAAAAAGACUGUAUUCUAUGGUUGGACCUGACUGGCUUUAUGGGGUGUGUGGCACAUUUUGCGCUUUCAUUGCAGGAGCACAAAUGCCUCUUUUUGCUCUUGGGAUUUCCCAUGCUCUUGUGUCCUAUUACAUGGACUGGGACACAACAAAGCGUGAGAUAAAAAAGAUCUCUUUACUCUUCUGUGGUGCUUCUGUUUUAACUGUCAUUGUUCAUGCCAUUGAGCAUCUUUGUUUCGGAACCAUGGGAGAGAGACUCACUCUUCGUGUGCGAGAAAGGAUGUUUUCGGCCAUGUUAAGGAAUGAGAUCGGAUGGUUCGAUGACACGGACAACACUAGUUCUAUGCUCUCAUCGCGUCUAGAGAGCGAUGCAACUUUGUUAAAAACAAUUGUUGUUGAUCGUUCCACAAUUCUCUUGCAGAAUGUAGGCUUGGUUGUUGCCUCAUUCAUCAUAGCUUUCCUUUUGAACUGGAGGAUCACACUUGUAGUCUUGGCCACAUAUCCAUUAAUCAUUAGUGGUCACAUCAGUGAGAAACUCUUCAUGCAAGGCUACGGUGGCAACUUGAGCAAAGCAUAUCUGAAGGCUAACAUGCUAGCAGGUGAGGCGGUGAGUAACAUACGAACUGUCGCUGCAUUUUGCGCCGAGGAGAAGGUCCUUGACCUCUAUGCCCGUGAACUUGCUGAUCCUUCGAAACGCUCAUUUACUCGCGGUCAGAUUGCUGGGAUAUUCUAUGGUAUAUCCCAGUUCUUCAUCUUCUCAUCCUAUGGCCUGGCCUUAUGGUAUGGUUCUAUUUUGAUGGGAAAGGAGCUAGCUAGCUUCAAAUCUGUCAUGAAAUCUUUCAUGGUUUUGAUAGUGACUGCACUGGCCAUGGGAGAGACUUUGGCAUUGGCCCCUGAUCUCUUGAAAGGAAACCAAAUGGUCGCCUCGGUGUUCGAGGUAUUGGAUCGAAAGACAGAAGUAAGCGGGGACACAGGAGAAGACUUGACAACGGUAGACGGAACGAUUGAGCUAAGGGAUAUCAAGUUUUGCUACCCUUCAAGACCAGAAGUAGUUAUCUUUAAGGACUUCAAUCUAAAAGUGCGAUCGGGGAAGAGUAUGGCAUUGGUGGGGCAAAGUGGAUCUGGUAAAAGCUCCGUGAUUUCUCUGAUACUCAGGUUCUAUGAUCCUACUGCUGGGAAAGUGUUGAUAGAUGGGAAGGAUAUCAAGAGACUCAAGAUCAAGUCACUGAGGAAACACAUUGGUCUAGUGCAACAAGAACCAGCUCUUUUUGCAACCACAAUCUAUGAGAACAUUCUGUAUGGAAAGGAAGGAGCUACCGAAUCAGAAGUGAUUGAAGCAGCCAAGCUUGCCAAUGCUCACAGUUUCAUCAGUGCACUUCCUGAAGGCUACUCAACCAAAGUCGGGGAGCGAGGAGUUCAGCUCUCCGGCGGCCAACGGCAAAGGGUGGCCAUUGCCCGAGCUGUCCUAAAGAACCCGGAAAUCUUGUUACUGGACGAGGCCACUAGCGCGCUAGACGUUGAGUCGGAGCGCGUGGUGCAACAAGCGCUUGACAGAUUGAUGAAGAACAGAACAACAGUCAUCGUUGCUCAUAGGCUGUCAACAAUAAAAAAUGCAGACCAAAUUUCGGUGAUACAAGAUGGGAAGAUAAUAGAGCAAGGGACGCAUUCAACUCUUAUAGAAAACAAAAAUGGAGCAUAUUACAAGUUAAUAAACAUACAGCAACAGCAACAGCAGCAACAGUAAUACCAACAUUUGAGAACAUAUAUAUAUAUAUAUAUUAUUCAAAAGAUCCAUAAGGAUGGGGGCUUUUGUUUUAGUAUUGUUGUAUCCUUGUAAUUUUGCUUUUCUUUUACCAAAAAUAUUGACUUGUUAAUUGGAGAAAUUGUUUUUGCUGAAAAUAAUGAUAUACAUUGUUCAAAGAAUGCUGUACAAAACAUAAUAAACUAUGAAGUUCCUUUAUUGGCUCCAAAAGCGUGUUUAAUAUGACUUCAUCUGGAAGCUUAUUAGAUA